CGGAACGAAAUCAGAACCAGCCUACUGUGGAGGGUCGGUGCUGUAUACUUUCUCGUCAGAUCCUUUGCUGAUUCUCAAACUCCAUACUCGCAGACUAGCUGACUUCGAAGCGCAUUCCCGCAAACUAUUGUGCGCCAUGGCAAAGCAAUUUCACAUAAACACACCAUUGUUGGAAAGUGUCAGCAUGUCUAAACGAGUGGGAACCACUGUGUAUUUAAAGAUGGAGAACGCACAGCCCUCUGGCUCCUUCAAACUCCGUGGAAUAGGACACCUCUGCCAGCAGCUUGCCAGACAGACCAAAGGAGUUGUCUGCUCUUCAGGUGGUAAUGCAGGUAUGGCUACAGCCUAUGUAGCCAGGAAAAUGGGUGUACCAGCCACCAUUGUCAUUCCUUCCUCUUCUCCCCAGUUGGUUGUUCAGAAACUCCAAGAUCAGGAUGCAACAGUGAAGAUUGCUGGCAGGGUUUGGGAUGAUUCUAAUGCAGAGGCUCUACGACUGGCUGAAACUGAGGAACUUACCUAUGUUCCUCCGUUUGAUCACCCUCUACUCUGGCAGGGCCAUGCCAGUAUGAUCACAGAGGUUGUUGAUUCUCUUGGUCCAGAAGUGAAGCCUGGAGCUGUGCUUCUGUCAGUGGGUGGAGGAGGCCUUCUCUGUGGAGUGAUCCAGGGCCUCAAGGAUGUUGGCUGGACAGAUGUUCCAAUUAUUGCCAUGGAAACUGUGGGGGCUGACUGUUUCAAUGCUGCUGUUAAGGCGAGGAGGGUGGUCACCCUGGAUGACAUCACCAGUGAAGCUAAAUGCCUUGGAGCAAGAACUGUUUGCAAGCAGGCUUUUGAAUACAGCCAAUGCAGUGACUUAACAAUCAUUUCUGAGCUAGUGACUGACCAGCAGGCUCUGCAGGCAGUUGAAACAUUCCUCGAUGAGGAGCGCGUUUUGGUGGAAAUGGCUUGUGGAGCAGCACUGGCAGCCAUCUACAGUGGACUUAUUCAAAGACUACAGGGUGAAGGGCGGCUGCCUACUCUCUUGGGCCCCCUGCUGGUGAUAGUGUGUGGUGGUAGCAGUGUGGACAUGAAACAGCUAACCCAGCUAAAACUCAAACUGCAGACUUAAAAGCACAGCACUGGUGUUAAUGUGUGACAAGCCAAUUCUUAGUUGUAAAGAUCUAGUUAACAGUUAAUGAAACAAUUAAUUAUUCUUCUUAUAAUGCUUGUUUAAUUUUUAAGUCCCAUAAAACAUAAAAAUGUAAUAAUAAUCUUGUGAAAACCCCAAAACACUCUGCUUCAGUGAUAAAGCUGGGGAUUCGAGCACUCCAAUCCAACGCAUUUGCUGGCUUUGGUACUUCGAGUUUCUAUUAAGAAAUACAGUCCAGGGCUGCUUGAAAUAAUAAAACAUAUAUUUUUAUGACUUUCUUAAACACUGUUCCUGGCCUUGCUGGAAAAUACAAUGAGGUUAAGUUGUGGAGGAUCAUUUAAAAUAAGAUAGCAUUUGUUGUUGACAAUUAUAGACAUGGUUUUAGCAGUAUAAUUUGAUAUUAACGAGGGAUAGCCUUUAAUUUACAUUUUUAUUGAUAAACAUGGAGAAAUAACUUCAGUGAUUGGCCAAAUUAAUUUAGUGAAUUGAUCUAGUACAGUGGUUCUCAACUGGUCUCACCUUUGGACCCACCGCAGGUAUCAUAAUGACAAUGUGGGACCCAAAUUUCUAAUAUUUGUAAAUCAUUUGGAUUAAAAAAAAUAGCAAUUUGUACCCCAGAUAGAAAUGUGAUGGAACAAAGAGACUAAGGAAAAUGAGACAUUUAAUACAAGAAUUUUAAAAAUCAUGGAAAGUAUUAUAGAGGAUUCCUGAAGGUUUUCUGAGAAAAAUCCAAGAUAAAGUCCAAAAUAUCUUAUGUGAAAAUUCUCCCAAAUUUCCGCUUCCUUUGAGAAUUACUGAAAUGUUACUGGGUAAGAUUGCUGAAUGUUUCUGGGUAAGAACUGAAAGUCUCUUAUUCCCUGUGAAAUUUCUAAAAAUAAUUAGCAAAAGCCCCAGAGAAAACAUCCCAAAAAAAUUCUACCAAAACUCUGUGAACCUUUUGGGAAAAUUACUUUAAAUUUCCUUAAAAGUCAGAGAAAAUUGCCUGAGUUUCAGUCAAUUCACAAUUAAAAUUCUGAAAUAAUUCUGGGAAAACAUUAUGCAAAUCUAUUUUAUUUACUUUUUGCCAUCACAAAAUUAAACAAUAGAACAAAAGCACUUAAAGUCUCUUAGACAAAUUCACAUUCCACUGAAAACAGCUCCACAGCCCACUUUUGGGACCCACCAGUGAAGAAGUACUAUUCUCAUACAUCAUGGUUGCUAAGGAAGCAAACAUGAAAAAGCAUGUUUCUUGAUGUGCUCUGAUCUUUUUGUAUUGAUGAGUUUUGAAAUUAAAAAUGUAAAUCUUACAUAAAACAAAAUGAGGAGAGAGACUGAUGGGGCAGUAUCUACAUCAUGAACACACAAACCAUAGCAUAUAUGUUAUUGUGACUGCACUACUGCACUAAAAACAACACAUUCCUUAAGCUGAAGAUCUGGCGGUGAAUUUUGGAGGAAUGUGCUUCUCAAUGGCAUGGUUUGAUCAGAAUGUCAUAUAUUUGGUUGUAGGCAUUGUCCAGGUCCAGGAUGCCAUGGACAGUAUCUUCUCUGACAAUGCCGUCGGAGUCCGGCUCAAAUGUCAGUGUCACUGGCCUUGCAGAUUAGUUUAAGUCUGAUAGGGUUUGUUGCAUUCAGCCUUUCUUAACACAAAAGUACUGGUGACCAAAACUUUAAACAUCCUCAGGAUCAUCCUGCAGCUGCUGAAGGAACUCAGCUACUGUCUUUAAGAAGCAGAAGCAGCUCAGGCUCGUUUUGUCGUUGGGUUUGGUGCUAUCUGUACUAUUUGCCUUGUGAAAAUCCAGAAUG